CUAUAAAGAUGAAACUCCAAGGACGGGAUCCAUUAACAAGGACCAAAGUCAUUUUGAAAAAAAAAAAAACUUUAUUUCAAAACAAUAAAACACCAUAUUCUGAACGUUACUUUUAAGCAGCAAAUGGUUUUCUGAAACUGUCACAAUCAGACUGAAACCCUAACUCGAAUUUCGAGUCCAAUUUCACUCAAAUCAACGUCAAUCGGAGCUGAUGAACGACGGCGACGGAGACAAACGCCGCUGAACGACGGUCACGGUUAAUCACACUUCGUGCCGCCUUCAAUUUCUCACCGGAAUCGUUGUUUGCCGUUGAGUUUACCGCCACCUAACACCGGCCGAUUGACGAUGGCAAUUGAAGCCAUGGAGAUUGCAGAAACAGAGCAUUCUUCUGAAUUUACGCUCGCGGAGGUCCUAGAAAUGGAACGCCUCUACCGGAAGCAGGGUAAAGAAGUAAAACAGCAGGAGUUUUGCGAAGAACUCGCAGCCAAGUUCAGUGGCUCAGCUAUUAGAAAUGGAAAAUCUAUCAUAACAUGGGACCAGGUACACACCUGGUUCCUUGAUAGACAGUUAUUUUCAGCAGUUAAGAACAAAAGCUCAGCGGUUGAUUCAAAUGUAGUGAAAAAUAAGCUUGCAAUUAUAAACUCUUCGCCAACUGCUCUAAAAAAUUUUGUUGCCUUAUCAAAAGCACGUGCUGCAGCUGAAAUACCUAAGAAGCCCAAAGCUCAAAGAGUUGAAGAAACUGCAGAUUUGAUGUUUGAAGCUUUAUCAGCAAAGGAUCUUGCUUGGUUUGAUGUUGCUUCAUUCCUUACUUUCAGAGUUAUGUACACCGGGGAGCUUGAAGUUAAGGUGAGAUUUUCUGGUUUUAGUCACGAUCAAGACGAGUGGGUCAAUGUUAGAAGUGCGAUACGUGAGCGGUCAAUCCCCUUAGAGGCUUCAGAAUGCCACAAAGUCAAAGUUGGAGAUCUUUUGCUAUGCUACAGGGCAAAUGAAGACCAUGCACUUUAUUCUGAUGCACAUGUUGUAAGGGUUGAAAGACAGUUGCAUGAUAAAGAUGAUUGCACCUGUAUCUUUGUUGUUCGGUUCGAGUACGAUAAUGCUGAGGUGGAACUUAAUUGUAGCGAGGUAUGUUGCAGGCCGUCUUCAAGUCUCUAGAACUGUUUAUCUUUUAUAUCUGAAUAACCUAGAGAUGAUAUUUAACAAUUUAUGUUGUAUUAAUAUGGAGAUAAUAUGUGGUUAUCGAAAGCGGACUUGAUAAUGCUUGGUUGUGCCUUC